CCACGUAAAAGUUGGUAUCAGAGCCCGGUUGCUCAAGAACUAGGCUCCUGGUUACCAGCAUCAUCAUCGCACGCCGACAAGGUUGACAACCGGAGCAAGCGAUGGGCAAAACCCGAGCCACCAGCGCCGAUGAGACAGAAACUGAUCCCCUAGUCUGAGUUCAAGCUACGGAAGGACGACCGGAAACCUUCAAGGGGCGGGUCACCCAACUUACCAAGCAGUUGUAGGGGUUUGAUCGAAAGUUGGAGCGCAAAAUCGACGGUUUAUCGAAUUCCAUGGCUGAAAUUCAAGCUCGAGCCGAGGAAAGGUACGUCGAAUUAAAGGAGAUGUUCGCGACCCUCAUCAGCGAGAGGAAGGGAGCGACUCCCUCGAGGAACAAGACCACCGACGGCCUCAUGGAGACCUCGCCGGAGAUACUCGAGCGCCGCGCUGCUGAGGCGAAGCUGAAGAAACCGAUCGUCGAUUGCGACAAGGUCAAGAUCGAGGAUAAAACAUCGCCGUUGGCUGGGGAGCAAGGCAGCAAUAUUGGGACGGGCGUUGUUACGGUCGGACCAGAAUGGCUGUACAUGGCCGGAGCAGGGUUCGACGUAGUGGGACGAUUCGCGGGAGGACCCUCCCAUAUCAUGGCAGCGCAGAUGGAGACGAGGGAGGCGUUGGGUUGAAGGAGCCAGGCCAACUCGGAGGGUCGGUGCUACUGGGCCAAGGACCAGGGAUGACGGGUUCGGCCCAAGUUUGUGAUGGGAAACCUAGCCCAACACAGACACCGGGUGGGCCGAACACGGGUCGACAAGGACUGGGCAGAGAGGGAGCAUCCGCUGCUGGGCCAGGACAAUAGACUGCAUCUGUUGGACCAGGCAGGUGGGAUGUCCAAGGGCCUACGCGUGGUUAGGGCAACCCAGCUGGGUAGGGCGAUGCAGGCUGGCCAAGAGGAUCGUGGGCCGGGACGAGUAUGCAGCAUGGAGGCUGGGGCGGAGGGCCGUCUAGGCCAGGUGGCGGACCAACAGGCCCCAUGGGCGGAAAUGGGCCCAAUAGAGGGUGGGGAAACAGACUAGCAGGUCCAAACGACAGAGCAUGGGUUCAAGGGGACGGAUGGUCGAAUCGGUAGGACGAUAGACCCGGGUAUUUUCGGCCCAAACAAGCUCAAUUGGAGUUUCCUAGGUUUAAAAGAGCCGAAGAUCCCUCCGGUUGGUUCGCUCGUGUGGAACAAUUCUUCAGAUUUCAGGGAACACAUGAAGACUACAAGGUUCCUCUAGCGUCUUUUCAUCUGGAAGGAGACGCGAACCAGUGGUGGUAGUGGCUUGAUCGAGCUUGCAUGGCGUCUGGCAUGGUGAUCACUUGGCCAAGGUUUUGUGAAGAGUUAUGGGCACGAUUUGGGCCAUCAGAAAGCACCUCUAGUCAUGAGGCUCUGGCAAAGGUUAAGCAGACCGGAUCCCUAAAUGACUAUCUCUUGACCUUUGAGAAGUUGGGAAAUCGCUGCUAUGGUUGCCCGGAGGAGGCUCUGGUAGGUUCAUUCGUGGGAGGGCUUAAGCGGAAAUCGCUUACGUAAUUCGUAUGUUUUGGCCGACAACGGUCAGAGAUGCUAUUCGCCUUGCUAAGGUGAAAAACGAUGGGAUGGCCAAACAUCGUACUCUACCCUGGAAUCCUCCGCCGCGUGCGAAUAUGGAGGUUGCGCUAGAGACAGGAGCACCACCGCCGCAGCCAGGACCGCCAUGACACCCCACUGCCCGUAGGAUGUCACCGGAAGAAGUUGGACGAAGUCGGGCCCAGGGUCUCUGUUUUCAUUGUGAUGACCGUUUCACAAUUGGCAUUCGUUGUCCUAACAAGAAUGUGUUGCUUAUGAUUGGAGCGUGCAACGCCGAAGAGGAGGGCCAGCUCAUCCAUGAAGAUGACCAACCUUGAGGGCAAGACUGCACUCAAGGGGGGAGGAUUGUUACGAUACGAGCCAUUCGUAAUAAUCUAGGCAUUUCUGG